AUGAGGUGGACUUCCAUUCUGGUGGGAGCCGUGGCCCCUGCAGCCCUGGUCGCUGCUGGCCCUCGUACUCAGUCCCCCCCAGAGACUACGAUUGAGGAUAUCCUUCAGAGCAACAACCUCGACCAGAUUCUUUCCAAGCACAACUUGGCUCUUGUCCCUCGUAGCCAGCUCACCGAUACCCUCACAGAGUUGACCGCCCUCCUCAAAAGGCAGGAACAGCAGGACCGCCUUGAUCCCAGAGUUUCCACCCUUUUUCGACGACAAAAUGCCACAAACGCUCAAUCGGGAACCACGUCCUCCCAGAGUGCUAGUUCAGCUCUCGGCAACCAAAACGGUCUCCUUGACGGUCUCCUCGACCCUCUUCAGUCGGGAAUCAGCGGCAUUCUCGAUCCCAUCGUCAAGCCCAUCACAGACCUUGUCAAGACCCUCGAAGCUGUCACCCAGCUUCUUACUCCCGAGUUCAUCCAGGGUGUACACGACGGUCUUAUUGGUCUCGGCAAGACCUUGAAGGAUCCCAUUCCAGAAAAGAUUCGCAACAUUGUCACCGCUGGCGAGCCUCUCAUCAACGAACUUGGCAAGCUCGAUCUGGCCAGUCUCAUUUCGCAACUGGAGCCUCUUCUCAAGGAGCUUGGCGGCCUCGAUCUGGCUGGUUUGCUCGAGGCUCUCAAGCCUCUGCUCUCCGGCGAAGAGAUUACGAAGAUCAUCAGCAUCAUUGACGGAGCCGAGCCACUUAUUGCCAGCCUGGGUAAGCUUGACUUGGCCUCUCUCAUCGAGCAACUUGAGCCUCUUCUCAAGCAGCUUAACGGCCUCGAUCUGGCCGGCAUCCUCGAGGCCGUCAAGCCCCUUCUCACUGCCGAAGAGAUCCAGAAAAUCCAGUCCAUCAUCGAUGGGGCUGAGCCUCUCAUCUCCAGUCUCGGUAAACUCGAUUUGCAAAGUCUUAUUGAGCAACUCGAGCCACUUCUUAAGCAACUUGGUGGCCUCGAUCUCGCUGGUCUCUUUGAGGCCCUCCAGCCUCUGCUACAGCCUGACGAGAUCAAGAAGAUCAUCUCCAUUGUCGAUGGCGCUGAGCCUCUUAUCAAGGAACUCGGUCAACUCGACCUCCAGGAUCUUAUCAAGCAGCUUGAGCCCAUCAUCAAGCAGCUCGGUGGCCUCGAUCUCGGCAGCAUUCUCGAGGCCGUCAAGCCUCUUCUUCAGCCCGACGAGAUUGCCAAGAUCAUCUCCAUCGUUGACGGUGCCGAACCCCUCAUUAAGGAACUUGGCCAGCUUGACCUCCAGGACCUGAUCAAGCAGCUCGAGCCCAUUCUCAAGCAACUUGGCCAGCUUGAUCUCGGCAGCAUUCUUGAAGCCCUCAAGCCUUUGCUGCAACCUGAUGAGAUUGCCAAGAUCAUUUCCAUUGUAGAUGGAGCCGAGCCUCUGAUCAAGGAGCUUGGUCAACUCGAUCUCCAGGACCUCAUCAAGCAGCUUGAGCCUCUUCUCAAGCAGCUUGGUCAGCUCGAUCUCGGCAGUAUUUUGGAAGCUGUUAAGCCUCUGUUGCAGCCUGAUGAGAUCAGCAAGAUCAUCUCCAUUAUCGAUGGUGCCGAGCCCCUUCUUGCCAGCCUCGGUAAGGUCGAUUUAUCCAAGUUGUUUGACCAGCUGGGUCCCGUACUUGAGGCCCUCGGCCAAAUCGAUCUCAAGAGCCUCAUUGACACGAUCGCUCCUCUUCUCACGACUGAGACCAUCCAAGGCAUCGUUCUUCUGCUCUUCAACGCUGAGCAACUUCUUACCUCUGAUUUUGUGGACGACACCAAGUCCCUUGUUUCUGGCGCUGCGCCGCUCGUUGCCAGCCUCGGCAAGGUUGAUCUAUCCAAGUUGUUCGACCAAUUAGGCCCCGUUCUCGAGGCCCUUGGCCAAAUCGAUCUCAAGAGCCUCAUUGACACGAUCGCUCCUCUUCUCACGACUGAGACUAUCCAGGGCAUCGUUACUCUACUUUUCAAUGCUGAGCAGCUUCUUACUUCUGACUUUGUUGAGCAAACUCAGUCUCUCAUCUCCAAUGCCGGCCCUCUUGUCGCCUCACUUGGCAAGCUUGACCUGCAGAAGCUUCUUGACCAGCUGCAGCCCAUCAUCCAGGAACUUGGUCAGCUUGAUCUCGCAGGUCUCUUUGAGGCUCUUAAGCCGCUCUUAAGCACCGAGACCAUUGGAAAGCUUGUUGACAUCGUCAACGGUGCCGCGCCACUCAUUGCUAGCCUAGGCAAGCUCGACCUCCAGGACCUCAUCAACCAGAUCGAGCCAAUCUUGAAGGAGCUCGGUCAAUUGGAUCUUGCAGGUCUCUUCGAGGCACUCAAGCCUCUUCUCAGCGCCGAGACUAUUGGAAAGCUUGUCGACAUCGUCAAUGGUGCCGCGCCAUUAAUUGAUAGCCUAGGAAAGCUCGACCUCCAAGACCUCAUUAGCCAGCUCGAGCCAAUUCUGAAGCAACUCGGACAACUGGAUCUUGCAGGUCUCUUCGAGGCACUCAAGCCUCUCCUCAGUACCGAGACUAUUGGCAAGCUUGUCGACAUCGUCAACGGCGCUGCCCCGUUGAUCGACAGUCUCGGCAAGCUCGAUCUUCAGGAUAUCAUCAGCCAGCUUGAGCCCAUCUUGAAGCAGAUUGAUUUGGCGGGUCUCUUGGCGGCUGUUCAGCCGCUCCUCACACCCGAGACGAUCAAGAAGCUGGUUAACAUCGUCAAUGGCGCUGAGCCCCUCAUUGCCAGCCUCGGCCAGCUUGACCUUAAGAAAUUGCUUGAUCAAGUCGGUCCUCUUCUCAACGAGCUCGGCCAAAUCGACCUCGUUGGUCUUAUUGGGGCUCUCAAGCCCCUCCUCACCCCUGACACCAUUAAGAAGCUUGUUAACAUCGUCAAUGGCGCUGAACCCCUUAUUGCCAGCCUCGGCCAGCUUGACCUCAAGAAGCUUCUCGAUCAGGUCGGCCCUCUCCUUGAAGAACUUGGUCAGAUUGACCUGGUUGGCCUUCUGGAUGCGCUCAAACCGCUAUUGUCAAGAAAUACCAUUCUUGGCAUCGUCGAAUUGCUGCAGAAUGCCGAGGACCUCCUCACAAAGGACUUUGUUGUGGAUACCCGUGCUCUCAUCAAGGGUGCCAGCCCUCUCAUCGCCAGCCUCAGCAAGCUUGAUCUCGAUAAGCUCAUCACUCAGCUGGGCCCUCUUCUGGAUGAAAUCAGCAAGCUUGACCUCAAGGGUCUCUUUGAUGCCCUUGCUCCUCUGCUCACUCCCCAGACCAUCAAGGGUCUUGUUCAGCUCCUGACAAACGCCGAGUCGCUGCUCACUGCUGAAUUCGUCGAUCAGACCAAGAGCCUCAUCAGUGGUGCCCUUCCUCUUAUUGACGCUCUCAAGGACAUUGAUCUCAAGGCCUUGCUGGCUCAGCUUUCGCCUCUGCUCAAUGCUCUUGGCAAGAUUGAUCUCAAGGGAAUACUCGACGCCGUCAGCCCUCUACUCACUCCCGAGUCCAUCCGCGGUCUCCUCGGCCUUCUUGGCAACGCCGAAGACUUGCUCACUGGCGACUUUGUCAAGGACACCAGAGGUCUUAUUGCCGGCGCCGGUCCCCUCAUCGCUGCCCUUGGCAGUGUUGAUCUCCAAGGUCUCUUCAAGCAGCUUGGUCCUCUUCUUGCCAGCAUCAGCAAGCUUGAUCUUGCAGGUAUCAUCGACUCCUUGGCUCCCAUCCUGUCCAAAGACAGCAUCAACAAGAUUGUCGGCCUUCUCACCAACGCUGAAGAUCUCCUGUCUCCCGACUUUGUCCAGCAGACCAAGGCGCUCAUCGGUGAUGCCGGCCCUCUUCUGCAAGCCGUCAAGCCUCUACUUGCUGCUCUUAGUGAGAUUGAUCUGCCUGAGCUUCUUAAGCAGCUCAGCCCUCUACUUAAGCAGCUCAGCCCUCUGCUGGGUGCCCUGGGCGAGAUUGACCUCAAGGCUCUCCUUGACGUCCUCAAGCCUUUCCUCACUCCCGAGUCUAUCAAGAAGGUCCUUGGUCUCGUUUACAACGCCGAGGAUCUCCUCACACCCAAGUUUGUCAAUGAGACGUCUUCUCUGAUCAGUGGUGCUCUGCCGCUGGUUGAGGCGCUCGAUAAUGUCAACAUUCCUGAGCUUCUCGAAAGCCUGAAGCCUCUGCUCGACAUGGUCAAGCCUCUUCUGGGUGCUCUUGGCGAGAUCGAUCUCAAGGGUCUGAUUGAGGCUGUUGCACCUCUGCUCACCAAGGAGACUGUUGCUGGCAUUGCCACACUGCUGCUCAACGCCGAGUCUCUCCUGACGUCUGACUUUGUCAGCAACACGCAGGAACUGAUUGGCGAUGCCACGCCGCUGGUUGCAACAAUAUCUGACCUUUUGCAGGCCAUUUUCUCAGCUCUGUCGGGCCCGUCUUCAAGCAGUGGGGGCUCGUCCUAA